AUGAUCGCCGGGGUCUUCGGCAAGCGCGUGUGGGCCCCGGUGGGCGCCCUCACCUCGCUGGCGUACUUCUUCCACCGGGAGCGGAUGGCCUCGGCCGAGCUGCGGGCAGCCGACGGCCAGCGUCCUGUUGACCGCAGCCUGCUGGAGCUGAAAAUGGUACAGGUCGUGUUUCGACACGGGGCGCGGAGUCCUCUCAAGGCUCUCCCGCUGGAGGAGCAGGUAGAGUGGAACCCCCAGCUAUUAGAGGUCCCUCCUCAGACUCAGUUUGAUUACACAGUCACCAGUUUAGCUGGUGGCCCCAAACCACAUUCUUCUUAUGACUCUCACUAUCGCAAGACCACCCUGAAGGCUGUCUGGUGUUUCAUCCUUCUGCUUCCUUCCCCACUUCAGGGGGGCAUGUUUGCUGGGCAGCUGACCAAGGUGGGCAUGGAGCAGAUGUUUGCCCUGGGAGAGAGACUGAGGAAGAAAUAUGUGGAUACCGUCCCAUUUCUUUCACCAUCCUUCAAACCCCAGGAGGUCUUUGUUCGUUCCACUAACAUGUAUCGGAAUCUGGAGUCUACUCGUUGUUUGCUGGCUGGGCUUUUUCAACGUGAGAAAGAAGGAUCCAUCAUCAUCCAUACUGAUGAGUCAAGCUCUGAAGUCUUGUACCCCAACUACCAGAACUGCUGGGGCUUGAGGCAGAGAACCAGAGGCCGGAGGGAGGCUGCUGCCUUGCAGCCGGGAAUCUCGGAGGAUUUGAAGAAGGUGAAAGAAGGGAUGGGCACUGACAGUAGUGACGAAGUAGACUUCCUCGUCCUCCUAGACAAUGUGGCUGCUGAGCAGGUGCACAGUCUCCCCAGCUGCCCCAUGCUGAAGAGAUUUGCGCAGGUGAUUGAACGGAGAGCUGUGGACACAGCCUUGUACAUCCUGCAGCAGGAAGACAGGGAAGGUCUGCAGAUGGCAGUUGGCCCAUUCCUACACAUCCUGGAGAACAACCUAGUGAAGGCUGCAGACCCUGCCCCUCCACCCAACAAGACCAGAAAGUUGUACCUCUAUGCAGCUCAUGAUGUGACCCUCAUGCCUCUCUUAAUGGUUCUGGGGACUUUUGACCACAAAUGGCCUCCGUUUGCAGCUGACCUCACCAUAGAACUCUACCAGCACCAGGAAUCUGAGGAGUGGUUUGUGCAGCUCUAUUACCAUGGGGAGGAACAGCUGCCAAGAGGUUGUCCUGAGAAACUCUGUCCUCUGGAGAAAUUCUUGAACACCGUAUCGCUUUACUCCUUGAGCCCAGAGAAAUACCAGACGCUCUGCUCCCAAGCACAGGAACUGGAACUUGGAAAUGAAGAGUGACUGAUUCACGCAAAUAACUUGACUUUGCCUUUAUACCGUGCCAGCUUUGAGUGUUUGGGACGGGGCAGGAGUUAAAGUAUGUUAAUAUAAGGUAAGGAUAUUUCCUUCCUAUAGGUACAGUAAGUUCUCUUUCUGAAAGAAAAAAGGUGUAAUGUUGAAACUCAGGGUUUUCUCUGUUUUGUAACUUGAUUUCUAUGGUCAGAAUAUGUAUGUGACUCUGGCUGGGGGUAUUACAACCUUCUACAAUUGAUUAGGACUUCAGUUUGGUUCUUUCUUAAUUUAACAUUUAUUGUGUCUCCUACUAACUAGUGGUUAUUAUAAAGGUGAAAAGGUUCUGCCUUCAAGAUGUUUCAAUCCAGUAGGAGAGGCGGUGUCUUAGUUACUUUUUUCUCAGUCUAGUCGGCUGGCUCCGAAGCAGGGGGGCAUCACAGAGGAGAAACAGUUCAUGGCAAGCACAAGGUAGCAAAGCAACAAGGAACCACUACAGCUUUUCUAUCUCUUAUGUCUUAUCCAGGCUACUUAGGGCAGGUAGCACUCACACCCUUAAUCCUAGUGUCCUUGAACUA